GUGACGUCACCCACAACAACAUCAUUGUCCGUCUGUUCAACUGCGCUUCAUCCUGACAUCCUGAAUGAUGCGUUUGUCAAACAUCUAGCGGUUCACACGUCCUCAAAGUAAACUAGGUAGUGUGUACUACAGUCACCUGGACAUUAUGCGACAGCUGUUCGCGCCUAAAAGAUAUUUAUUUCUGCUUGCGAUUCAUACUGUCAAGCAGAUGUAAUGAGCUCGAUGCUAACAACACUGUGAGGAUUUUAUCAUCUGGGUUUGAUUGACUGGCCGUGAAAGUGUGAAGUACAACAUUUACUUUAAAACCGAGUUCCAGAAUGCUGUGUGGAAUGAGUACAGAAUAGGAAAUAAAAUAUUUGAGAUACGUGGGUGGUCAUUAAUGCCAUGAUCACCGUUGUUUCUAUGCGUUCAGCAAUCAGUUAAUCUUUAUAAGAACGAACUGAAGUAACGUUAGAUCAGAUACAGGAUGACGGACACGCUGGUCAUCACCUUCCAGACUCGGCUGUCUGCGGUCAUGGAAACUGUCCUCAAGACCACAAUGUACGAGAUCACCAGGUUAGUGGAGGAGAGCUUCUUGGAGCAGAUGGAUCGUGGCAAACGAGAGGCGGAGGUGUUAAAACGGAGGCUGGUAGUGUCGGAGGCCAAACUGAGAGAACGGGAGAGAUUUAAGAGGGUGAGAUGUGUGGACUGUGGUCGGACAGCAGUGUCCAGGAGGAGGAUACUUCAUAGGGGGCCCGAAACACAGAGCAGUUUGGACCACCCACUUGUUGUAAAGCAGGAAAAUGCAUCUGACAAUAGCUGGAGGUGCAGUCCCAAGGGAAGCACAAAUCAGGAGAAGCCUACAGCAACUCCAGAAACUAAACAAAACGCUGUUCAAGUAUGUGAACCAGGAGGAGAAGUGAAAGAGGAAGCAACAGAGGCUAGAGACUCACAAGCUCGUUUACUGAUACAUCCUCAGAUACACAAACAAAAAGAUUCCUCAAGCAGUGCUGAAGAGACCAAUGGACUCCGCCAUUCAGAUUCUGACCACAAAACGGGUGGCACAUCUUGCUCUGAAAGACCUGGAGAUGAGGAUGAGGUCAGACACAGAAACCUUCCAAAAUGGUUUGACCCUAAAAAAACAGACCCUUCAGCACGGUCAUCUGUUUCACAACCAGAACCAGUCAGGACGUCAGUAUCUUCAGAGUCUCCGAGUUUGAGACCACAAGUGGGUAGCAUUGACUCGGGGCCUGUUAAACAGGAAGUUGUAGUGAUGCUUCCACCAGACUGGGAAGAUAUGGAAAGGAUCAGGCCUCAGGUGGUUUCUGCUCAUAACAGCGCUAAGAAAACAGUGGUGGAUCUUCAACCUGGAGAUCCUCUCACGGCAAGACCUCAAGUACAAGAACGAGUCUCGUAUCCUCCGCCUCCCGUCAAGGUUCAGAGCCUUCCUCCACAAUCCAUGCAGCAUCUCAGAGCACCUGCGAGGAAGAACACAAAAAUUGUUCUACAUCCCAACUCGGUUGUGACGGAUCACGGCGGCGUUGACGUAGACCGGGUGCAAUCCAUCUCCAAAGCCCUUCCAACUCCAAAACCCUCUCAUGUCCGUCAGUAUCCUGAAGGAGCCGCUACAGGUGAAAGAAGUUUUAGUACCGUACACCCAGGAAGAAAUCUGCCGCAGAUGGUCAGCAUGAGGGUUCAAGGGGACACGCGGCACCUUUCGGCAAAGACGAUGCACAGUUGCAGCCAGUGUGGAAAAGGCUUUUCUCAUCUGUGUCACCUCAGAGCUCAUCAGCAGAUUCACACAGGUGAGAGGCAGUUCUGCUGUACCAUCUGUGGGCGGAGUUUCACCAAACUGAGUAACCUGAAAGCACACCGCAGGGUUCACACUGGUGAAAGACCUUACAUCUGCACAGACUGUGGGAAAAGAUUUACCCAGAAAUGCAACUUGAAGAGACAUCAGAGAAUUCACUCGGAAUUCACUCACUCUAAUGUAUGAUGAGAUGUGGAGGUGUGAUAGUGGUAGAAUCUGUUGCUUUACACAUUAAACGUAUUAGUUGAUGUAUCAUUGAGUGGUUAAUUUAUUUUUAAAAGGAUAGUUCACCCAAAAAAUGAAAAUUCAUCCUCAUGCCGUUCCAAACCCAUGAGACCUUCGUUCAUCUUCAGAACAUAAAUUAAGAUAUUUUUUGAUGAAAUCCAAGAGCUUUCUGACCCUGUAUAGACAGCAACGCAACUGACACAUUCAAGGCCCAGAAAGAUAGUAAGGACAUUGAAUAAAAUAGUCCAUGUGUCAUCAGUGGUUCAACCGUAAUUCUAUAAAGCUACAAGAAUACUUCUUGUGCACAAAGAAAACCAAAAUUUAAAAUGUCUUUAUUAAAAAAAAAUUGGAGUUAGUCUCCACGUCAUGGUACUUUCGUGAAGCAAGAGAAGAAAUGGUUGAAUAAAAUUCGUUUUCUUUGCUCACAAAAAGUAUUCUCAUAGCUUCAUAAAAUUAUGGUUGAACCAUGAACUCUUUAAUGUUCUCCUUAAAACCUUUCUGGGCCUUCAAUGUGUCAGUUGCGUUGCUUCUAUGCAGGGUCAGAAAGUGCUCGGAUUUCAUUAAAAAUAUCUUAAUUUGUGCUAAGAUGAAUGAAGGUCUUACGGGUUUGGAGUAAUUAAUUAAUGACAUUUUCAUUUUUGGGUAGUAAACCCAAUUUUUCAUGCUCUGAAAUAUUUGUUCUGCAGUGACAUGACCGGAUCACUCAAGGGCAAAUACUAGCAUUGUCAUGAUAAAUAUAAAAUAUUACUUUUUCAUUCCCUCUGGAUGUAGCAGUCUAUUAGAAAAUAAAUGUCCACAUUUUACCAUAAAGUCAAAUUAUUAUAUAUAUACAUACCCCCACGCAUUGGAAAUUUUCUCUACUUAUUUAUAGGUUUGGUGGUUCCUCUAUUUGGAGUGUUUAUCUCACUUCAAUUUGGAGUUUCACAAGCCUUGAUGAACACAACACAACUACUCAAGUAUAUACUGUUAAAUUAGCUCCCUUUUGAUAUGUUUGUAUAUUCAGAUGCGUAGCAUUAGCUCCUUUAAAUGGUGCAUAUAUAAUGGUGCGUUAGUGAUUUUUUUUCUUUUCCUUUAAGAUACCCGGUAAACUGUUUGAAGAACAAAUUUAUGUGCAUAUGCUGGUGUGGGCUAAAAUAGUUACAUGUUCAUAUUUAGAUAUCAGUGGUUAAAGGUUCAAACCUAUGCAGGGGGUUCAAUGAAAGCACCUGCUAAACUUCAAAUUAUUUUUUAAAAAAUGUAAUGACAUUAAAUUAAUGUUUUUUAGAGUGUAAAAAUGAGUAACAGCACAGCUGGUACAUUCAGGCUACUUUUUCAUCUGUUUUUAGUUUCAUAUUUGUUUUCUUGACUAAAUGCCACACACUGAGCAAAUUCUUCCAGUAAUGCAUGCAAACAGAUUAAUGGUAAUUCAGGUACACCACAGUAAGCCAUGUACAUUACAGGCGUUAUGACUGUAAUUAAAAUGUUCUUCUUUUUCUGUGAAAAUGAAAAAAUGAAUGAUGAAAUUACAUUUAACAAGGACCAAAUGGCAGGAAGUUCUUGUCUCCAUUUCUGUCAUAUAUAUGUUGUUUUGUAACGUCCAUGUCAGCAAAAUUAAAUACUUCUUCAUCUGUU